AUGUUUGCUUCCAAAUUAUCAUUUGUCAACUUAUCAAGGUUAGGGAUCAACAGACUGGCAUUGCCAGCUGCUAGAUCUAGCUCUAGAAUAGGAUAUAUAAAGGCUCCAUCUUCAUUUACUGUCAAGGCUUUGUUUGGAGCAGGCAUGCUCACUGGAGGAUUAUGGUCCAUUCCGAAGUUAACCUCGACUACUCAUCUCAUUCAUAAUGACGCCCCCCUCGUUGAAGAUGAAAUUACGAUCCAACCUCCUGUGGUUAAAAAACAACCUCAAUACAGACAAUUAUGUCUUGGUUCUCUUUUUGGCAUUGUCGCAGGUAUUAUAGUGGGUAAAUUAUCAUCUAUACUCAUCGGUGUGGGAUUAUUGAGUCUAAUAUCAGUUCGAUGGUUGAUGAGGGGAAAUAUACUUGUCAUCAAUAAAGAAAUAAUGACCAAGGAUGGGUUUUUGAAAAUGCUGAACAUUGAUUCAUCCAGAAUGGCAAAUCUAACAGACAAUAGAUUCUUUAAAGGUUCCUUUUUAUUAACGUUCAUAUUAACAGUGGUAAAUAUAUAA